GUAUGUACGCCGGCGUACAUCGAAGAUACAGCUAGCUGUAAAACCCCUGUUUAUCUGAUAUCAGGGAGGCUGUUUAGCUUAUUGAUUGUAGACGCUUGCGUUUACUUUGCAUUUGGCAGCGCAAGCAGGGUCCUUCUCAUGUUAAUCAUCCAUCCAAGUAUCUUUAACUUUGCCUACAGUCAUAUUACGGGGUGCCCUCGCGUCAAUAUCGAGUGCAACCGGACAAGCAGAAGUAGGCUAGUAGUGUACGGGAGGUUUGACAGAAUGGCAGACGAGUCCUUGUUUGAGUUUCUGCAUAUGGAGAUUGUUUCGCACAUUUUCAACGAGCAACAGUCGAGUAAAGGAGAGAUGGACAACAAGGACAGAGCGGCAUGCAUUUCUCUCUUAGAAGCCAUGGGCUUCAGGGUGGGACAGGGACUCAUCGAAAGGUUGACACGGGACACCCCCAGCUUUAAGGAUGAGUUGGAUAUAAUGAAGUUUAUUUGUAAGGACUUCUGGACCAAGGUGUUCAGGAGACAAGUGGACAACCUCCGAACAAACCAUCAGGGGACCUAUGUACUACAGGAUAACAAGUUUUCUUUACUGACUCAGUUCUCCGGUGGCAAACAGUAUUUGGAUCAGGCCCCAAAGUAUCUUGCUUUUUCUUGUGGUGUGGUAAGAGGAGCUCUGUCUAACCUUGGUCUGGAGAGUGUGGUGACUGCUGAGGUCUCCAUUAUGCCGUCUUGUAAGUUUCAGGUGGUCAUCCAGAAGCUGUGACCCGGUUGUCUUGGUUUGCCUGGUACACAUAAAUGGUGCCAACAUAUGGGAGGGUUGUACCUGAAUUUCCAAGGAGUAUAGUGGACACAGAAAGAGUAAAACAUCACAGAUGGAUGAACUCGAACUACGGGACUAACAAGGCUUUUUUUAGUUCACUUGUUUGUUUUUUGCAGCUUUUUUUUGUUUUAUUUUUAAUUGUGAUCAAGAUACUUGCUCAUUUAUACUGUGUAAAACAUGAAGUUAUCUGUUCUUGUCUAAAGUAUGUUAGAGGUGGCUGUCCCUGAUUGAGCUCCCUCGGCUUAAUGUUGGAAACAUUUAUCCAAUGUAAACAUCUAAGUAAACUUGUUAAAAACACGUGGGUAUUUUUCAUAAUUUGUUAUUUAAGUCCGCUGGAUGUUUGGUAAGAAAAUAAAUCUUUAGUGUGGAAAACGUCA